CAAAUUUAUGGGAACGAUGUGUCCUCACGCGGUGUAUAAACUAUGGAACUACUUCCUCUCUAUCGCAACAUGCGCCAUUGAAAAUCAACGUAGGCCAAGUUUUAUGGCAGUCAUUGUUCAAGUCCGUCUUAUUUCUGUCAUUUGUGGUUAAGGAAAUAACAAUGGAGACGAUUUUAGAACAACAACGUCGCUACCAUGAGGAGAAGGAAAGGCUGUUGGAUGCCAAAACUAAGGAAAUGAUGCAUAAGAAAACCACGUUACGCGAACAAAUAAACUCAGACCAUCGAACAAGAGCAAUGUUGGAUAGAUACAUGGACGUGAGUUCAACUGUCAGGGAAGCAUAUGAAGACAAAGAUGGUAUGAGGAAGGAUGAACUGAACGCCAUCUCCGGACCAAAUGAGUUUGCAGAGUUCUACAACAGACUUAAACAGAUCAAGGAGUUCCACAGGAAGCAUCCUAAUGAGAUAUGUGUGCCCAUGUCCAUGGAGUUUGACGAGCUGGUCAAGGCUAGAGAGAACCCAACGGAAGAAACACAGAACAUGGUGGAGUUCAGUGAUGAGGAGGCCUAUGGACGCUACCUGGAUCUCCAUGACUGCUAUCGGAAGUUUGUCAACCUGAAAGGGGCCGAGAAACUGGAGUACAUCAGCUACCUGUCCUCGUUUGACCAGCUGUUUGAUAUCUCCAAAGACAGAAAGAACGCUGAAUACAAAAAGUACUUAGAGAUGCUACUGGAGUACCUUCAGGACUACACAGAGAGAGUCAAACCUCUGCUCGACCAGAAUGAUCUCUACGGCAAGAUCCUGGGAGAGUUUGAGAAGAAGUGGGAGAUGGGGACCUUCCCUGGCUGGCCAAAAGAGACAAGCAGUGCUCUGACCCAUGCAGGAGCCCACCUGGACCUUUCUGCCUUCUCCUCUUGGGAGGAGUUAGCUUCCCUGGGUCUGGACAGGUUGAAGUCAGCCCUUAUGGCCCUGGGCCUGAAAUGUGGAGGAACCCUGGAGGAGAGAGCCCAGAGGCUGUUUAGCACCAAAGGCAAAUCUCUGGAAUCUCUGGAUCCCUCCCUGUUCGCCAAGAACCCUAAGUCCAAAGGACCCAAGAAAGACACGGAGCGUAACAAAGAAAUCGCCUUCCUGGAGUCUCAGAUUUAUGAGUAUGUGGAAAUCCUGGGGGAGCAGAGGCAGCUGACCCAUGAGAACGUGCAGAGGAAGCAGGCCCGGACAGGAGAGGAGAGAGAGGAUGAAGAAGAGGAGCAGCUCAGUGAGAGUGAGAGUGAAGAUGAGGACAACGAGAUCAUCUACAACCCCAAGAACCUUCCUCUCGGCUGGGAUGGAAAGCCCAUUCCAUACUGGCUGUAUAAACUCCAUGGGCUGAACAUCAACUAUAACUGUGAGAUCUGUGGAAACUACACAUACAGGGGACCUAAGGCCUUCCAGAGGCACUUUGCAGAGUGGCGUCACGCCCAUGGCAUGCGCUGCCUGGGAAUCCCCAACACGGCUCACUUUGCCAACGUCACCCAGAUCGAGGACGCUGUCUCUCUGUGGUCAAAGCUGAAGUCCCAGAAGUCAUCAGAGCGGUGGCAACCAGAUACAGAGGAGGAGUACGAGGACUCCAGUGGAAACGUGGUCAACAAGAAGACCUACGAGGAUCUGAAGAGACAGGGUCUGCUGUAGAGAGUUGAGACGCGCAACGUGAUGCCCACCGAAAAAUGUCUUUAUUUGACCUUUUCAUUUCCACUUAAUCUGUUCUAUCUUUAACUGUAAGCUGUAAUGUUUUUAGUAAUUCCUCCCUUUGACAACCAUUUUGAAAUGAAGCAGCCAUUGAUUUUAAUAAUACAUUUGAGUACCAUUUGUCACCAUUGUUGUUAGUUCUAGUAGAAAGCAAUUGUAAUGUCUUAUCAAGUUGCUUAGGGCAGGGGUAUUCAACUCCUUACGAGGUCCAAAGCUUGCUGGUUUUCUAUUCUACCUGAUAAUUAAUUGCACCCACCUGGUGUCCCAGGUCUAAAUCAGUUCCUGAUUAGAAGGGAACAAUGAAAAAAUGCAGUGGAACUGGUUUCGAAGUUCAGAGUUGAGUUUGAGGGGCUUAGGGGGUCACUUGAACGAUUGCCCAUUCCCUUGUGAUUCAAUUUUUUUGGGGAUAAAUGUACCUCUUCUACAUCCAAUGGUGCUUUGACAGGACCCAUGGUUUGGAAGAACCCUUGCCUUGUCACAUGGACAGUCCCUUUUUAAAGGAGUGGAAGAGAGGGAAGACUAGCUAUAUCUUUACACCUGCUCAUUGAUUCCUCUGUUUGCCUGGUAUGGAAAAUGUAAUUCCUCAGAAAUGUAUUAAAAUAUUUAAGGCUUGCUCAGCAGUCUUUUUGGCAUUAAACAAAUAAGACUUGUACUAUA